UAUGGAUGCACAGCCCCCCUAGCAUUUGCCAACUCCGCCUAUAGUGAUUUGGAGCCCUGCCCCAAAUUUGCUAUGGUUAAAAGGCGUCCUUUAUCUAUGUACCAGAUUUGAUAACUUUCCCAAAAGUUCUAUGGGCUACCAUAGAAUCAAGAGCGGAUGAAGAAGAAGAAGAAGAAGAAGAAGAAGAAAACUAACGGAUACAAUAGGUGCCAUCGCACACGUGUCAAUUUGUCUCCUCCAAGAAAGAAGAAAGAAGAAAGAAGAAAGAAGAAGGGGGAAACAGAGGAUGUGCAUGCAUAUGACGUUCUUGAUUACUGCCGUAUUAUUUGAGUAUUGCACGUCUGUUCUGUUAUCACCAUGUUUUUCACCAGAAAUUCUCUGAAAAGGAAUACACGGAGAUACAAUGACUGAGAACGGCUGUGAAUACCGUGACAGGGUGCUGACGAUGGACACGAUGAACCCGAACGUUAAACGCGUGGAAUACGCUGUACGGGGUCCCAUAGUCCAGAGGGCAGUUCAGAUCGAAAGAGAACUCAAGAUGGGAAUAAAGAAGCCGUUCACAGAGGUCAUUAAAGCCAACAUCGGUGACUGCCAUGCUAUGGGCCAGAAACCCAUCACCUUCUUCAGACAGGUCUUGGCAUUGUGCUCUUAUCCAGAUCUUCUUGAAGACAGCAAAUUUCCAGAAGAUGCCAAAAGUAGAGCUCGCCGCAUUCUCCAAGCGUGUGGUGGAGGAAGUCUCGGUGCUUACAGUACUAGUCAGGGAAUUGAAAUGAUUCGUCAAGACAUUGCACGGUACAUUGAACAGCGAGAUGGAGGAAUCACAUGUGACCCUGACAACAUUUACUUAUCCACAGGAGCCAGUGAUGCGAUCGUGACCAUGCUUAAAUUGCUGGUAUCAGGAGAAGGAAUGUCUCGUACGGGAGUGAUGAUUUCCAUCCCUCAGUAUCCACUGUACUCUGCUGCUCUGGCUGAUUUGGGUGCUGUACAAAUCAGUUAUUAUCUGGAUGAAGACAACUGCUGGAGUUUGGACAUCAGUGAGUUACGACACGCCCUGCAGGAAGCAAAGAAGCACUGCAGCCCUCGAGCACUGUGCAUUAUCAAUCCUGGAAACCCUACAGGUCAAGUGCAAAGCCGGCAGUGCAUUGAGGAUGUGAUCCGAUUUGCUGCAGCAGAAAAGCUUUUCCUCAUGGCUGAUGAGGUCUAUCAGGACAAUGUUUACGCGGACGGGUGUAAAUUUCACUCCUUUAAGAAGGUGCUGUUUGAAAUGGGUCUGGAAUACUCUGAGAAAGUGGAACUAGCUUCGUUUCACUCAACGUCAAAGUGCUACAUGGGAGAGUGUGGUUUUCGUGGUGGUUAUAUGGAGGUGGUAAAUCUAGACCCUGAGGUGAAAGUUCAACUCACUAAGCUGGUAUCUGUGCGGCUGUGUCCUCCAGUGCCUGGGCAGGCUCUUCUAGAUGUUGUGGUCAAUCCACCCCAACCAGAUGAACCCUCAUAUGACACAUUCAUUAAGGAACGCACAGACACUUUGGCCACACUGGCAGAGAAGGCCAGCAUGACGCAAGAAAUCUUGAAUCAGGUCCCAGGAAUAAAAUGUAACCCAGUGCAGGGGGCAAUGUACACUUUCCCACGUAUCCACCUCCCACCGAAAGCCAUCCUGGAGGCCAAGGAGAAGGGACAAGUUCCGGAUAUGUUUUACUGUAUGAAGCUUCUGGAAGAAACAGGCAUCUGUUUGGUUCCUGGCAGUGGCUUUGGGCAGCGAGAUGGCACCUACCAUUUCAGAAUGACCAUCCUUCCUCCAAAAGAGAAACUGAAGAUAGUGUUGGCAAAGAUUAAGGAGUUUCACCAGCAUUUUAUGGAGCAGUACUCUUAACCAUGGCCAUCCCAUUUUCUGACAGAUCGACUAAAUCCUCAAUUUCACUCCUAAAGCUACAGCACUUUUGAGAUGUGCUCUGGAUAAAUACCUGCAAUGCAAAUGAAGUCCUGUCUCGCAGCUCGCAAAGUGCGAGUUGAACACAGGCAUGCUGAGAGUACACAACCCUACUGUGAGUGUAGUCACAGGCUCUUCCAUUAAAGACAAUGUCAAAGUUGUUAAUUUCUAUGAAUGGUUCUAUUAUUUAUUAAAUAUUUUUGUUUGG